AUGCGUGCCGCCUUUCUUUGUUUAGCAGCUGUCGUCCAACUUGCUCUCAAUGCUGCAGCAGAACCCAUCACCAUCCCUCUCUACAAACGUUCAGAUGAUGGAGGCAUCUACAAAGCUGCUGGAAAAGCACUUGAUAACGGUGUCCUUGCCGGUAAAGUCAAGAUCGGUAAUCCCCCUCAAGAGUUCACAUUUGCCUUUGAUACCACGAUCGGUUAUUCUUGGGUUCGUGGCUCUAGAUGUAAGACUGACAACUGCCGUGGCCGUUGUACUUACUACGCUCGCAAGUCUUCAGAUGCCGUCUCUGUUGGCAGAAAGUUCUCUGUAGAGUACGGUAAUUCUUGCGUUGAUACUCACGUCUACAUGGAUACUUUUGAAUUUGCUGGUCUCAAAGUCAAGGACAUGCCAUUUGGUGGUGCCUACCGUAUGUCUGGUUUUGGCGAAGGCUUUGAUGGUUACCUCGGUCUCGGUCGCAGUGUCGAUUUCAACAACACAAAGAUCGGCUCUACCGCCUCAGGUUUGAGCAAGCGUGAUGUUGCACUUCCCGACUCUGCUUUUGUUCCCAACGCUUUCCAAUCUGGCUCUGGUCUUGCUAGUGCUCAAUUUGGUAUGUACACUACCACCAGCAGCCCUGGUUUCGAUCAAUCUGGCAGCACCACCGCCAACACUGUCACCAACAGCACUGCCUCCAGCGCUUUGCCUGCUGGUUCUACUGCUCUUCCUUCCGUCGGUACCACUCCUCCUACUACUGGUGGUGAUACCUCUGGUUCAGUUACUGGUGGCGGUUUCGGUGUCGUCAAGCGUUCCAACACUAAGCCCAAGGAAGAAGAGCCUGCUGGUUACUUGGUUCUCGGUGGUAUUGACAAGUCCAUCAUCAAGGGCGAGGUUGAGUACAUUCGUCUCGCUGAUGAUCCUGGAGCCAAGGCCAAGAACUGGGAUGUCUGUAUCCGUCAUGCUAGCUUUGGUGGUUUGAGAUUGAAGCAACAAGCCAAUGCUCUUGCCUCCAUCAGUACCUCUACUAGUUUGAUUGUUAUGCCUCCUGAUCAAGCUGAUCAAUUCCAUGAGAAGUUUGGUGGUGAAUACAAAUCUAGCUCCAAGAGUUAUCAAAUCAAGUGCUCUGAAAUCAAGAACUUGCCUAUGCUCAAGAUGACUCUCGAAGACCACAUUGUUGAAUUGCCUGCUAAAUACUGGACAGCCGUUGUUGAUGCUAACCGUGAUUGUUGUGAGACCAAGAUUAGCCGUGGUAACUCUGAUCGCGAUUGGGUCCUUGGUACUUCUUUGACAAAUGCUUUCUAUACCACCUUUGAUCCUGACACUGAGGCCGUUGGUUUCGCUAUCAAGAAGGGUCAAGCUGAUGAUGGUCUCAGAGUUUACAAGAAGUCUCAUUAG